UUUUGGAGCAGCUCUCAGCACAGCUGGCAAACCUGCUCCACCUUCAGCCAGACCACCAAGAGAAGGGGCACUGCUGUGCUACUAAGCAGGUUUUUUUGAGGAAGGUUUGGUUUUUUGUUUUUUGUUUUUUGUUUUUUUUUUUCACGUGUUGACAUUGAGGCCAGGCUUUGCCCUUAGAAGUUUUGUUUUCUCAUGAGCAGCUGGACUUUAAACUUCAACAUCUCCCCUGUAGCCAUUCCCCUCAAGAGCGGCAGGAAUGCAGGCAGGAGGCCACUAGGCUCUGAGGGUGACAAUGGCAAGGUGCUCUUGGACAAUAUUGUAUCUUCUCUCUGCCCUUUUCCUUCAGACAGAGCAGACAGUGUUUAUAUCAGCUGAUGAUGCAAACAAGGUUAUCAAGAGACAGAGGCGUGCCAGUUCCCUACUUCUGGAAGAGGUCCUCCAAGGCAGCUUGGAAAGAGAAUGCCUUGAAGAGAGAUGCACGCAGGAAGAAGCAAGAGAAGUAUUUGAGGACGAUGAAAUGCUUAAAAUGUUUUGGGAUGCCUACUACGGUGGCAGGAGGUGCUCGUCGAGCCCCUGCCAGCACAACGGCGUGUGUGAGGACAGCAUCCGUGGCUACACCUGCACCUGUGCUGAGGGCUACGAGGGAGAGAACUGUGCUUUUGCUAAAAAUGAAUGUCGCCACCAAGCCAAGGAAGGGUGUCACCACUUUUGCUACCCGGGAAGUAAUUCCUACCGUUGCUCCUGUGCUGAUGGCUAUGAGCUCGGGAAGGACAACAAGCAGUGCAUCGCGUUAGAUCAAUGUGCCUGUGGCAGACUUCAAGACAGUGAAAAUCAGAUAAGCAAAACCAGGAAGAAACGUGACGAGCGAUUUCCUUGGCAGGUCCUGCUGCUGAACUCAGAAGGGAAGGGCUUCUGUGGAGGAGUGCUGCUAAAAAGUAACUUUGUACUGACCACAGCAGAGUGCGCCCUUCUGCACAGCCAUUUUGAAAUCAGGGUUGGUACUGGGCCUAAUGGAACAAGCGGAACCCAGAAGACGCUGCAAGUCAGGGAGAAACACAUACACAUCCGGUAUGAAGAAGACACUGCUGAGAACAACAUCGCCUUGCUGCAACUCCAAGAGCACGUGGAGUGCAACAGCCACCAGCUUCCCGUCUGCACCCCUGAAAGAGACUUUGCAGAACACGUUCUAAUUCCAAAACUGGCUGGGACAGUCAGCGGCUGGAGAAGGGAAGGCGAGGAGCUCCAAGGGGACGAGCUGCAGGUGUCAUACCUCCCCGCUGAGGACUGCAAACAAAUACUCAACGUGAGCCUCACAAACAGGCAGUUUUGUGGACACCUCCAGGAGGCCGUAGACAAACGACUGGCUGGAGGAAGCUUUUUAGCUACCGAGUAUAAGGGCACUUGGUUCCUGACUGGUAUCCUGGGAUCUUGGCCGCUAGAAGAUGCUGACUGGGACACAUUCCUAUUCACUAACACGGCGAGGUAUAUGAUAUGGUUUAAACGAAAAAUGAAAUAAGACAAACACAACCAACCCUCCAGCACCACACCCCUGCCAGUCACUGCAAGGAAACGUUUGGAUGCAGCCAGCACACCCAUCUGACUCUCUUAUCACGAUCUGCAGUAAGGAAGUCGCAAUGAUGACGUGUAUAUAACUCCAAUUCAUACGGAAAAGCUUCUUUGUCGUUCCUUCUUCUACGGACACAGAGUACUGUGAAAGUCAUGAUGCCAUAAACCUAGUUAUUUUACUAAAAAAUACUGAAGUUUCCCAUAACUGUUCAUCCUAAAACUCAAAAAGCGUUCAUGUUUUUCUGGGAUUUUAAAUGUUGCUAGAAGGAAAGGAGUCUUUUUAAUUCUUGUUACCCUGAGGUUUGAUUCAACAAAUCCAUAUUCUUAUUUCUGUAUCCAUACAAGUAAAACUUAUGAAGACCAGGGGAACUCCAAGCCUUUAAAUGCCUAUUUUGAGGUAGGACUUGACACUCUCAUCAGACUGAAAAAUGCUUCCCCUCAUACAUGGUACCUGUGUUUUCCCUUAUGAAUCAUGUUCACAUCAGUUAGUGGGUAUAAUAAACCCCAACUCUCAAAGGCCGGGGGGGGGGAAAUGUUUUAUUUUAUUUAAAAAAGAAUUAAAAAAUUCCCAAACUACUUUCCCAUCACUAUGGACAAAGUUAUGUUGUACCAGCCCCAAAACAAGCAAACAAAACCCCCAAGGUAGUAACACUUGCGAUAACGGAUCCAGUGACAGUGUUUUGUCCAGAAGCAGAAUAAAACAGACGAUGGAUAA